GAUUAAAAAAAAAACAGGUGUCAUUAAACUGAAUGUAAGGGGCUCGGCAUAUGCAUCAAUUAGAAUAUUAGUUCAAAAGCUAUUUUUUGCAUGAAGAGUAUCGAUGAGUUCAUUCCGGCUCCCCAAGUGUUCUGAAGAUUGACUCAAUAUAUAGGCUACUUUUCAGAAAGGCGGAUAUUUAAGGAGACAUAGCCUGAUGGCGUACAAACGACAUUUAUACUUCACACAGAGUCUGGCAAGUUAAAAAAGACAAACCACACGGACCUAUAAACCAUAUGUAUAAACCAAGCGGCCUCGAUUUUUGGACCCUCGUCCCCGGACCGUCGGUCUCGCGAGCCUCCGGUCUUCCAGUCUGGAAUUAAAGACAUAAUCGAACUUCUUGAACCACCCUUGAACACAACCUGGAUCAUAUAUACUGCUUCGUACUUAAAUAAAUAACGUGUCACAAUUUUGUUUACACCUGUACGAUAUGUCAACAACAAGCUCUAGCUAUUACACAAUCAUCACUGAGGCGCGCAGUGAAAAAAAAAAGACCUGAAUAGCUAGUACAAACAUGACAAAGUUCAUUUCGGAACCCUGGUGUGCUAUAACUUUGUUCUUUUUUAAUCUACCAACAUGUGAUCCAGUUGAUCCAACCCACUGAAUUUACCCUGUUUUGGGCCCCCACUUUAAAAUAAGUUUUAGCAUUCAAGUUUAAGAUGGCUCUGCUGAUAGUGAACUCACGCCGCGUUCUCGUAGGCCUACUAACUGCGAUCAUCCUUCUACAGUUCAUAAGUACGAGCCCCGUCGAAGCCUACCCGAACGGUGCACCAGCGGAUGCCUGCGCCAAAGCUGCCCCACAGCACCUAAGUAAUGAAGGGCAGAUGAUUGAACCCCAAACUGGGCCUUGUCCGUAUACUUUCACUGUAGAUUCAACAGUUUAUAAAAUCGGUCAGAAGAUUACCGUUACCAUCGAAGGGAGUCAAACAUUUGGAGGUUUCCUGAUCCAGGCACGUUCUGCCGAUGAUAAACCAGUUGGGCGCUUCAAGUCGUUGCCGUCAAAUUCUCAGCUGCGGGGAUGCGGAGGUAGAGAUAACAACGGCGUUACCCACACCAGCGCGGAUCCUAAGCUUCCUGGAAUGAAGUUCGAGUGGUACACGAAGAAGAAUGAAGGGACCAUCAAGUUCUUUGGUACUGUGGCGAAAGACCAUGACGUUUUCUGGACUGAAAUCACAUCAAGCGAGAUUCAAUAUGAUGACGGUGAGAAAGUAAUUAAUAUCGCAGUUUUGUAAAGCGUACGCCAAAUGUAAUUUUUAUUUUUGAAUCACAUUUUAAAUUCAAUUCAACUGACUGCUCCUUUUUUAGUAGAACCAUUGGUAUAUUUAUACAAUAUGACAUCGCGAACAUGUACUAUUCCAAGAGAUUUAAAGACGGCAAGAAUUACUCCAAUACAUAAAGGAGGAUCAAACGAUGUCGAUAUCUGUUCUACCUUGCUUGUCUAAAAUACUAGAAAGAGCAAUCCACAAUCAACUCUAUGAAUAUUUGAAUGAAAACAAACUGUUAACGAAUUCCUAGUCAGGUUUUAGACCUUUGCAUUCUACUACUACAAAUCUAACUGAAAUUACAGACUAUUUGUUUAAUAAAAUGGAUAAGGUGCGAAUGAUCGGAGGUAUUUUCCUCGAUUUACGUAAAGCGUUUGAUGUUAUACCACACAAUUCCAUUCUUGGAAGUAUUAUUGAAUUAAGGGUAACGAAUAUGAUUGGAUUAAAGCAAAUUUAACAGAGAAGAGACAGUUUGUUGUUGUAAAUAAUUGUAUCAGUGAAAGUGUAACAAUUAGAUCAGGCGUCCCACCGGGAUCCAUAUUGGGUCCAUUGAUAUUUUGUAUUUUUAUCAAUGAUAUAUGUAACUUGAAUUUGAAUGUUAAUUCCAAAAUGUGUCUUUAUGCAGAUGAAACUGCUCUGUUCUGUCAUGAUGUGUUAUCUAAGAAGGUAAAAAAAAUCUGCAAAGUGAUUUUGAUGUUAUCUGUAGCUGGCUCAAUGCAUUGCAUUUGCAUUCAAAAAUACUAAAGUCGGGGUUUUUCGUCAAUUGAAAAAUUGAAAAUGAUGCUUCAAUGAUAAAAUAUAGAAAUGAUCCCAUAAUUUUUUCAAAUAUGAUCAAAUAUUUGGAUGUAACACUUGAAUCUGGCAUAACGUGGGCAGAGCAUGUACAUGCAUCUAGUAUCAUUGUUAAAAUAUCUCGUACGAUAGGUUGUAUAAAGAGAAUCAAACAAUUCCUUCCGCCUAAGAUUCUUAAGAAUUUAUAUUUUGCCAUGAUUUUACCUUACAUUGCUUAUUGUACAUCUUGGGGAAGCUGUGCAAAAUACAAAAACUGCAGAAUAAGUAUGCCCGAAUGAUUUUAGAUAAGGACUAUCUUACUCCCCAACAUGAAUUGUUGUCUACGCUGGAUACAUAAUGUAACUUAUAAAAACGAUAUUCUGAACAAUGUCCCCUUCAAAUACCCUGCCCAAGGACGGAUUAUAAAAGAAAAUAUUUUGAAUAUGUUGAUGCCAUCUUAUUAAUUCUCCUAAUUCUCUCCCUUGUGAUAUACAGUAAUUCACGUACCUCCACGCAUAAAAAAAAACACUGUAAAUCAUUAAAAUUCUGACUGUCA